GGGACGGCUUGUACAGGUCACGAAUCAGUUCCUGAAACAGUUGGGUAUACAUCCUGACUGGCAAUUUGUAGAUGUUUAUGGUAUGGAACCAGAACUGCUUAGCAUGGUGCCAAGACCUGUAUGUGCAGUACUACUUCUCUUUCCAAUAACAGAAAAGUAUGAAACCUUCAGAACAGAAGAAGAAGAGAGGAUAAAAGCUAAGGGACAAGAUGUCAAAUCAUCAGUGUAUUUCAUGAAGCAGACCAUUAACAAUGCUUGUGGAACAAUUGGGCUAAUUCAUGCUAUUGCAAACAACAGAGAUAAAAUGAACUUUGAAACUAAUUCUUCACUGAAAAAGUUCCUAGAAGAUUCAUUAUCUAUGACUCCUGAAGAGAGGGCCAAAUACCUAGAAACUUAUGAAGCUAUUCGUGUCACUCAUGAAUCCAGUGCCCAUGAAGGUCAGACUGAGGCACCAAGUAUAGAUGAAAAAGUAGAUCUUCAUUUUAUUGCAUUAGUUAAUGUAGGUGGUCAUCUCUAUGAAUUGGAUGGGCGCAAGCCAUUUCCAAUAAACCAUGGGGAAACCAGCGACGAUUCUUUUUUAGAGGAUGCAAUAGAAGUUUGCAAGAAAUUCAUGGAACGUGACCCAGAAGAAUUAAGAUUUAAUGCAAUUGCACUGUCUGCAGCUUAAAAGCCUUUUCCAGUGAGGCAACUCUAUUGCAAUGGAUUGUAAGGAUAAAACUGUUGCCAUAUGUUAAUAAUACAAAUUUUGAUACUUCCGUAACAUCUUGACUAAUUGUAGCAUACGUGGAAUAAACUUUGCAUUUGUCCUUGCUA